AUCCCCUAAUUAAUUUCUCAAUCUGACUCCAAUCCAAAACAAAACCAGAAGAAAAAAAACAAAGAACAAAAUGGAUGUCCCGUUUCUAAACAAGAAUUUUUCAUCUUCAUCUUCUUCAAAUUCAAAUUCAUCAUCAUGGGGGCCUUCUUAUCACCAAAACCCUAGAACCAUAUCUUUCAGAGCCACCAGUAUCGCAAACAACUAUUACGACGUUGACGAGGAAGAGGAAGAGGAAGAGGAAGAGGAAGAAGAAGAGGAAGAGAAGCCACUUUCUGCCAUCAUCUUAUCCUCCUCAUUCUCCUCCACAUCAUUCACGGCUGACGGCAUAGAAGAGCUGCCAGAGACCGAGUCCAUAGAGAAUGUGAUCAAAGGUAUUAAACCAUCAGAAAGACUCAUUUUCGAACGAACAGGAAAAUCCAAAUCGAUACUCGAAGAGAUGAGGAACAAGGAUUCAUGCUCUUAUACUUGGAAUCAAUCCACCUUUUCUACAAUUUCAAAUGAUUCAUGGUGGAGAUGGUUGAGGUACACACCCAUCAUCACAGCUAGAGAAGCCUCAAAAUGUAUCAUGAAGACGACCAAAUAGAUAAAUGACAUGUACAAGCUUGAUACGUCGUAAUCUUGCAUGCACAAUUGACGUUUGUGUGAGAAUCUACAAGAGUUGCGUCUAGAGAGAUUGCAUAUACGGACCCAAUAGAUCUUUUCGGAGGUUUCAUCUCAUGCCAUAUGAACAGUUAGUAUACUCGUGAGCUCUUCUUCUUUAUUUGCUUCCAGUGCGUGUGACUCAUGCUGGUAAUAUAUUUUUAAAUUGAUCU